UUUGCUGGCUGGCUGGCUUGCCUGCUUGAUCAUCAUGUUUUGAUCCACACAGGUCCAACCUGGCCAGGCCAGCCAGCGCCUCAGUUCAGUUCAACAGUUGAGUCCCCGACGAUAAGCACACGUACUCGUUUUGUGUCGCUCGCCUCCUCACAAAUUAGACGUUUGAGUUUUUUCAGGGUAUUCUAAGGUCUGUUCAGGUCUCUGCUGGCACAGGAAAGUGCUGGCAAUGACAAGCUGACUGCUCAGUUCCGUCGUAAUCAAUGCAAUUUAAUAGCGCUAUUUCAUAGUUUCGAUGGUGCGGUAUAGAAAAAAAAGUUUAAUUUGCCCGAAAGACAACACGACCAAAAUCGCGCCUGGCUCUCUCUGGUUCGAGUGUCUUUCUAAGUCGUGCAUCAAAUUUCCCCAGUUGUAAAGUGAAGUUUAACUGAAACUAGGAAAUCAGUGAUCGAUGAAACUGGUGAAACGUAAUAAAAGUGACGACUAAUUAUACGUAUGUGUUAUAUGCAGAACUGUGCAAGUGAUUAAAAACAAAAAAAAACAACAAAAAAGUUUUUUAUAUUGGAAUAUCUCUGAGUUAUAUGAGUUAAUGCUGCACAUAACUCUGAGCCGAACGACGAUCCAUAAAAAAAGUUGGUGAAAGACCCUUUACAGCAACAGCAACAGCAGCAGCGGCGAGUGUAGUGCGACUCCUCCGUUUGGCAGCAUCAGUGGCAUUAUCCCAACAAAUAGACGCUUUUUUUCUGUGGAGUAUUCCGCCGCGGGUUGAAAUGGACCGAAUAUCACCUUUUCGGCCGCACCACCGUCGUCAUCGUCGAGUUGACUAAUUGUAGUGUUUCCAGAGGGGGGUGAAAACAGAACCUUCCUUCCAGCAACGAGGUGCGGACUGUGGAGUGAAGUGCAGUGACGGACAAACAUAUAUCAACACACUCGUUGGCGGCGUUCGUUACCCUUUAAUUAUACGCACCCGGUCAUCCUCAAACUGCUCCGUAAACCUUGCAGCACGCGGAUGGUAGUUGACCGAAGAAUAGCAGAUGAAAAUUAAAAGUGUGAGUGGAAGAAAUGUGAGAAAGCAAACAAAAGGUUGAACCUGUGGAAAUCAACCGUGAACCGUUUGUACUGCUCCGCUGGUUUGUUGUAGGGGUGUUAAAGUCGUUCAAGCGUGACAUAGACUCGGACUGAGCGCAGCGCAGGUUUGGUUGGAAUCGGUAGUGAAAACGGAGAGUAGCCUUAAUCCCGCGGGAAGAAGCGCUCACCGUCAGUCUUGUCCGUGGUGUGGUGCAGGCAGGUGAAGUCGCGCCUGUGUGAAGCGAAGUCAAAGUUUCCUUCGGAUCGAAUUUUGUUUGUCAAAAAUUGAUCGAAGCUUAAUUGCGUCGCUGGCAGAAGUGUCUAGAUGGUGGACGGUAGGCUGCAAUAGACUGGCGGUCGGAACGUCAGGCGGUGGGAAGAUACAGUGAUUUUGUACACGAAAAACCAGUUUUUUUGGCGUAUUGUGAUUACAUACAGUGUACAGUUAAGAAGAGCUUCAAACACUCUCCAAAUCUUAAGCUCUGUUUGACUGAGCGCAGUGUACGGUUUUAGCUGCAAUGAUAACGCCUUGAAAUUAGAGAACCCUUGAAUAAACAAGUGACAGCGCAGUUCUGAUGCAAUGCCCAUCAAAGGUAGCUAAGAGUGUUUGAAGUAGGUUCGUUAGUGAAUUAUCUGUCAAAAAAGCCAAACUCCCUUGGAAUUUUACAAUGCCAAGUAGUGGUGGACUUUAGCCGAUCGAUCCGCUAAUUGCUAAGAAAGUGAGAAGAAUUUUCGAUCGCAACCGGAGGGGCAACCAGCGACCGAAAACAAGAUACAAAUCAGGUUUCGAAGUUGGGCUUGUCAGAGUGUUGUGCAGUUUCUGUUUCUUGUUAUUUUUGCAUCAACCCGUGCUGCGCGGAAGGUGAUCCGGUUUUUUGGGAUCGAUCUGCCUCCGUCUGCGUUGCGUGUAUGUGUGUGAAGUGUCUGCAAAGCCCGAAAUAGCCUUUAAAUGAUUCCGUGCGUGAGCUUGACCGAAACCAGUGUCCUUGGGAAUAUGAAAGAGCGCGUUAAAGAGAUGCGCGUUUUCGGUUGCAGAUUAAACUUUUGGAACAAUGUUACCGCUAACUUUAGCAACAAAGGUAACGGAAGUUCACCCGCCCAAAACUCGACCCGCAGCACCAGUCCGAACACGCAGAGCCUUCCCAACGGUCAUCUGCAGGUAUCACAUCUCAUCACCGGCUCCGUAUCGGAACGAACGCUUCUUCAACAGCAGCAGCACCAGCAGCAGCAGCAGCAGCAGGGCAACCAGUCACCAUCAUCCCAACUGCAGCAGCAUUCUCCAUCGCAGCAACAGCUCCAGGCGGGGGUACCUCAGCAGCAACAGCAGCAGCAGACGUCCCACUCCCCGUCGUUGCAACAUCAACAGCAGCAGCAACAGCAGCUCCAGCAUCAACAGUCUUCCCAGUCACACCUCCUGAACAGCAGUUCCAGUAGUUUGGGCAACAUAACGCCCACCUUCGUACAGCCACAGUCCCCCACUCACUCAUUCAAAACGGCGUCCAUCAACGGUGCAGGUCAUCAUACGAACGGAGGCGAUUUAAAUAUGCCCGGUGGACCGACAGUCGCUCCUGGAACACCGAAUUCGAAGGCAAAGGAUGUAUCGCCACGGGUCAAAAUCGUCGUCGCCCUGUACCCUUUUAAGGCAAUCGAAAGUGGCGAUUUGUCAUUGGAGAAGAAUGCCGAGUAUGAAGUGAUCGAUGACUCGCAGGAACACUGGUGGAAAGUCAAAGAUCAACACGGCACGAUCGGUUACAUUCCAAGCAACUAUGUCAAGGAGAAGGAACUGCUCGGUCUUCAAAAGUACGACUGGUACGUGGGCGACAUGUCCCGGCAGCGAGCUGAAUCGCUGCUCAAACAGAACGACAAGGAAGGCUGUUUUGUGGUGAGAAAAUCGUCCACCAAAGGCCUCUAUACACUAUCGCUACAUACCAAAGUACCCCAAUCCCAUGUAAAGCACUAUCACAUUAAACAGAACGCUCGUCAGGAGUUUUACCUCUCAGAAAAACACUGCUGUGAAACGAUACCGGAUUUGAUUAACUACCAUCGACACAAUUCCGGCGGUCUGGCAUGUCGACUGAAGACGUCCCCGUGUGAUCGACCAGUGCCACCGACUGCCGGUUUAUCACAUGAUAAAUGGGAAAUCCAUCCUUCGGAACUGAUGAUCCUGGAGGAACUUGGUUCCGGCCAGUUCGGUGUAGUCCGGCGAGCCAAAUGGCGUGGUUCGAUCGAUACAGCCGUAAAAAUGAUGAAAGUUGGAACCAUGUCAGAGGACGAUUUCAUUGAGGAAGCAAAAGUUAUGACGAAACUGCAACAUCCAAAUCUAGUACAACUUUACGGCGUUUGUUCAAAGCACCGACCGAUCUACAUCAUCACCGAGUACAUGAAACAUGGUUCUCUACUCAACUAUCUGCGAAGGCACGAGCAAACUCUGAUCGGUAAUAUGGGAAUGCUGUUGGAUAUGUGCAUACAGGUCUGCAAGGGUAUGUCCUAUCUCGAGCGGCACAACUACAUUCACCGAGAUCUGGCCGCCCGCAACUGUCUGGUCGGGUCGGAAAAUACCGUCAAGGUGGCCGAUUUCGGUCUGGCACGGUACGUGCUCGACGACCAGUACACCAGUUCUGGCGGUACCAAGUUCCCGAUCAAGUGGGCACCGCCGGAGGUGCUUAACUAUACCCGGUUUUCGUCCAAGAGUGAUGUAUGGGCUUAUGGUGUGCUUAUGUGGGAGGUAUUCACAUGCGGAAAAAUGCCCUACGGUCGCCUAAAGAACACGGAAGUCGUAGAACGUGUCCAGCGGGGAAUUAUACUAGAGAAACCAAAAGCAUGCGCAAAAGAGAUUUAUGAUGUGAUGAAAAAGUGCUGGUCGCACAGCCCGGAGGAUAGGCCCGGAUUCCGAAUACUUAAGGAUCAGCUGGCUGCGGUUGCUCAAGGUCUCACCGACUAAAAAGUUUACCGUUUCAAAACAAAAACCCUUUUAGCACGGUCACACAGAUACGCAUAGAAUUACCAACCUAGUAGUGGCUAGAUGACCCUGCUUUUCGUUUUCAAGUAUCUCUACUAUUCAUCUAAAACACUAAAAUAACUCCCGUGGCAGCUGUUUGCAGCAACCAACAGUUCGCGCAUAAAUAUUGCAUUGCAAAAGCGCCGCGGAUAGUAUUUUAUAUAUUUAGAAAUAUCGUGCUCACGGAAAACGUAAAAAUCUCCAUAUCUCAAUUGCAAAAAAAUAUAAAACAAACACAAAUUAUCUCUUAAAAAUAGGAAACCAUUUGAACCGUUGUCUGCCAUCUAGAAGCCAAACAUAAUUGCUCCGACAACUUAGUAACACUCAUAUAGGAAAAUGCAGUCUCGAAACAGUAUCACACAAAAACUAGAAAACUGACGCAAAAAAACCGUACACUCCAAUAAAUAGACUUACUAUAAAUAUACAACUAAAACUAGAACAGAGGGAGAGAGAGUACAGUAUAGAACUAGCCCACUCAUCCUGUUUUUUCGGUGCCGUUCUAGGAAGACAGGGAAACACAGCUAAUUCCUACCGUGAAACAUAUACUUCUCAUUUCUACCAGAAUGCACUCAAGCAAAGUUUGUUAACUCUACUAGCAUACGCAACAAUACGCAUCAACCGACUGAAUAAAAUGCAUGUUACGAAUUGAAACGACAAAAGCAAACAAAAAUGUGAAUCAAAAAUCAUUAGUUUUCCAAUUAUACGGCGAUAUUGAAACCAUUGCAGCAAAAAACAAAAAUUGACUCUGAAACGGGGGGAAGUAACAAUAAUUUUUGUGACACAAACAUUACUACACAGUUUAGUAGAAUCGUAUUGAUGGGAUGGAGUAGCGAAUAGAAGAAAAAAGACAUGCCGGAAUGUCGUGUACGAAGCUAAUUCAAAACUGAUUGAUUGAAUUUGGUCAGUUUCGGCAUUCCGCGAAGUUUAAGCAAUGUGACGAUAGAGAGGUAAUCUCUUCCAAUUGUGCAUAUACAUAUUGAUAGGCGCUUCUUUCAUUAGGCGACUGGUGACGAAAUUUCCAAUUUUAUUAGCGGUAUUUUUUCUGCUUAAGGAAACAUUACACACUACGGUUUAUUUUACACUACUAUUAUAUUCGACAGCAUAACAGUAGUUUGAUGAUAAGAACGCGAACGCAAGAAAGCAUAAGUGAUAUUUAAUACUUUUAGUUUGUUUUUAAAGACAUUUAUUUAAUUCAAUCUAUUUGUGUGUUUACUCGAAGCAAUCUGAAGGAGUAAAAGAGUAUGUUGAGGGAGUUUUUCUGUUCUUUUUGUAUAUUUCUUUUUCCGUCGAGUGUAGUCAUUUUUCUUAGUUCGAACAGGCAUUUUCUAACUGCAAGUUUGUUCGUUGUUUAGAUUUAGAUUCUUCUUAGACUUCAUUAUUUUAUGAUCAUGAUUACUGCAUGUGGCGUCAUUUUGUUUUUUCGUUCUAAACAAAUCAGUAAAUUUGAAAAUGAUUUGCGCUGCUGCGCACUACAAAACAAGCAAAAGCUGGUGGAAAAAUUUUUGUUUUUCGAAACUUAUUUAUGCUUGCAGCAGAAAUGAUACAUGAAACUGAAGCAACAAUACACAAACACACAAAUAUCCAUGAGAAAUCGAGAAAUGCCAUUUUUACAAUACUAGAAUAUAAAUGUUUAAUAACAAAUCUAUAGUGAGGAGAGAAAAAUAAAACACAAAUCAGAAUAUGAGUAUGAUAAAUAAAAAAACUACCUAUACGGAUUCAAAAUCAAGCCAAUAAUCUUAGGAUUUGAAGAAUAUCUAACACAUUGCUUGUGUUGGGCACUACCUAUCGUUAAGAGUGAAUCAAAACACACAAGCAGCAAAGAUUAAUAAUAUGGGAUUAAAAUAACAAAAUACCGAGCAGAAAUAAACCGUGUAAAACUCAUGCAGAAUCGUCGAAUACUUUUCGAAAAAUAUAUAUAUACAUAUAUAUACAUUUUUAUUGCAAGAAGCUAACUGUAACUUAGCGAAGUGCUGCUGCCUGUCCGUUUGGGGGUAACCUAAUUUGCGAUCCAUGCAAACCAAACUGCAACCGAGCAAAAACCGUUCUUCAAAAAACCGUUUUUUAAAGUGGGUGGUUGCAGCACGCUGUGGCGUCGAUUGAUCAUAAAAACCGGAAGCAGGAUUAAUAUAGAUGUCUUUUAUUCGAGAUCAAACUAAUAAACCAAUAAUAAAAUCGAUAAA